AAAAUAAUAAUAAGAAAAAAACAAUACCCCUUCUCCUUUGUCCGUGUCUCUCCGUCGUUGCGCAGCAACCGCACAGUUCCAUAUCGUUUCAUUCUCCUCACUCAACGUAACGAUUUCGCCGCUAUUUGAUUGGUAUCAACACCCAACGGUUUCACAGUCUUGAUUCGGUGAGAGGAAUCGAAAGAAGAGAUAUAUCUUAUCUUAUCUUUUUUUUGUUAACCAAAAAUCGGAAUCUCGAAUCUAGGGUUUUAGAGUGGUGGUCUUGUCCAUGGUUUGUAUUUCGGGUGUUUGAAUUGGGCAUUUGAGAUGGGUAUCAAUGUCGAAAUCCCCAAUUGGCUAAAGGCCAUGCCUUUGGCACCCGUCUUCAGACCCACAGACACCGAGUUCGCAGAUCCCAUUGCCUACAUCUCGAAGAUCGAGAAAGAAGCCAGUGCCUUUGGGAUCUGCAAGAUCGUUCCUCCCAUACCCAAGCCAUCGAAAAAGUACGUUUUUUGCAACUUGAACAAGUCGCUUCUGAGGUGUCCUGAGCUGGCUUCUGGCGUGGACGUCUCGAAGCUUCUUCGUCAAGAGGAUAGAGCUGUGUUCACCACUAGGCAGCAGGAGUUAGGACAGGCUAGGAAAAAGAGCAAAGGAGGAGGAGGAGGAGGAGAGGGCGGGGGUGGUGUUAAGCAGGUUUGGCAGAGUGGUGGCGUGUAUACGUUGGAGCAGUUUGAGUCCAAGUCCAAGGCUUUUUAUAAAAGUCAGUUAGGGACGGUUAAAGAAGUGUCGCCGGUUGUGGUUGAGGCGUUGUUCUGGAAAGCGGCUUCGGAGAAGCCUAUAUAUAUAGAGUAUGCGAAUGAUGUGCCUGGCUCGGCCUUUGGUGAGCCGGAGGGUCAUUUCAGGCAUUUCCGGCAGAGGAAGAGGAGAGGGAGAGGAUUUUAUCAGAGGAAGGCAGAGGAUAGUCAAGAACCAUCCUGUAAGAACGGUGAGGAGACAUUGCCUGAGGUGGCAAAGUCAUCUCUUGCUUCUCCAAGUUUGUUAUCUCAAGAUCAGUCCAAGAAGAAGAACGUGGAUGUUAUUGAUGAAAUGGAAGGUACUGCAGGCUGGAAGCUCUCCAACAGUUCGUGGAACCUUCAGAUGAUCGCACGUUCACCUGGCUCUGUUACGCGCUUCAUGCCGGAUGACAUACCUGGUGUUACAUCUCCCAUGGUUUAUAUCGGUAUGUUGUUCAGCUGGUUUGCCUGGCACGUUGAGGACCAUGAGCUCCACAGUAUGAAUUAUCUUCACACUGGCUCGCCAAAGACUUGGUACGCUGUCCCUGGCGAUUAUGCGCUCGACUUUGAAGAGGUUAUCCGUAAGAAUUCUUAUGGCAGAAACCUUGAUCAACUGGCUGCUCUCACACAACUAGGCGAAAAGACAACUCUUGUAUCACCUGAGAUGAUAGUUUCAUCCGACAUUCCCUGCUGUAGGUUGGUACAAAAUCCUGGUGAAUUUGUGGUUACUUUUCCAAGGUCUUAUCAUGUAGGAUUCAGCCACGGUUUUAACUGUGGCGAAGCCGCUAAUUUUGGAACUCCACAGUGGCUCAACGUAGCUAAGGAAGCUGCUGUGCGUAGGGCAGCCAUGAAUUAUCUCCCCAUGUUGUCCCAUCAGCAGCUUCUAUAUCUCUUGACCAUGUCCUUUGUUUCAAGAGUGCCACGAUCGUUGCUACCAGGUGGUCGUAGCUCCCGGCUGAGAGAUCGACAGAGAGAAGAAAGGGAGUUCCUUGUGAAAAAAGCUUUUGUAGAAGAUAUAUUGAACGAAAACAAGAAUCUGUCUGUUCUACUUGGAGAACCGGGCUCUCGUUUGGUGAUGUGGGACCCUGAUUUACUUCCACGCCAUAGCGCAUUGGCUCUUUCAGCUGCCGGGGUUGAUGCUACUACUUCUGCUGUUUCAUGUCCAGCAGAGGCCAAAAAUGAAGUUGAGAACGGUCAUUCUGGAACGCAGAAUGAAGAGAAGACUACUCUUUUAGAGGAAUUAAGUUUGUUCAUGGAGAAGCUGAAAGAUGUGUACUACGACGACGAUGAUGGUCAGCUUAAUGAUUUCCAAAUCGAUUCUGGAACCUUGCCAUGUGUGGCGUGUGGCGUUCUUGGCUUCCCCUUUAUGUCUGUGGUACAGCCUUCUGAAAAUGCAUUAAAAGAUCUCUCAGAGAUACAAGAAGAGAUAGAUGCUCAAGAAAUUACAGCACAGUCAUCAGAAAAGACUAACAACAGUGAAUGGAACACGUCAUCCGGAUAUAUAAGACCUCGCAUUUUCUGCCUCGAGCACACUAUUGAACUUCAGAGACUGCUGCAGUCAAGAGGUGGACUGAAGUUCCUUGUUAUUUGCCAUAAAGACUUUCAAAAAUUUAAGGCGCAUGCGGCUAUAGUGGCAGAGGAAGUGAAAGUCCCUUUCAGAUAUGAUGAUGUCCUGUUAGAGAGUGCAUCUAAAGAAGAGCUGAGUCUGAUUGAUCUUGCAAUUGAAGGUGAAGAAAACAACGAACACGGCGCAGACUGGACCUCAAAACUUGGCAUCAACUUACGGUACUGUGUUAAAGUGAGGAAAAAUUCCGCUAACAAUAAGAUUCAGCAUGCACUGUCGCUAGGUGGCUUGUUCUCCGACACAAGCCACAUGUUAGAUAUGUCAACUAUCAAAUGGCUGCAGCGGAAAUCACGCUCAAAAGCUAAACCAUGCUCUACCUCAUGUUUCACACCUCGUGAACAUCUUGAAGUAAAAGCAGAUAGAAAACUGGGGGAGAAAGAAGAAGAUGAAUCACAAGCCGGAAGAAAGGAAGAAAAGAUCAUCCAGUACUCGAGAAAGAAAAAGUUGAAUCCCAAUGCCAAUAGGUCAGAUCAUGGGAGGGCGGUUUAUUCUGAGAUGAACAUUGGGAUUGGUGACUCUGCUGAUCUAACUUCCGUAACCAGAGAGCACCAAGGACACUCUAUGACCAGUGAUAAUAACAAUGGCUCGAAUUCAGAUAGUCAUGUUGUGGACCUUGUUGCAAGUCCGACCAUGCUUGCUUCUACAGUCGAUAAUCAUAAUGGUACUCCGAUGAAGAUGUGUGGUGGUGUUGAUGAAGCGGCUGAAAUGAGCGGCCAAGAGUUCAAAGAACUUAGAUCUACUAACGCUAACAUUGAGGAGGAAGAGCAAUCACAGGUGGUGCAACCUACCAAUAGAGAAGCUGUAUCCGAAAAUAUUAUGCACACUGAGCAAGAAGAAGAGCAAGCACAUUCUUCAGCUCAACUGGGUUUAGAAGUUCCUGAAACUAGCAUUGCCAAUGAGAAGAUAGUCGUGGACAUGGUCCGUGAUGAUGAACCUCUGGCAAGCAACGGUGAUGAAGCUUCUUCAAGUGGCUUCCAAGCUGCAGAUAAUCAAAAUAGCGUGAAGAGCGUGGUUGGAAGCUCAGGAAACACCGAGGUUAUCGAGGCAAAGAAGAAGCGUAAACUAGAAUUGGACAGUCCAGAGAGUAGCAUUGGUUUCAUAAAGAGCCCUUGUGAAGGGUUGAGGUCAAGGGGUAAGAGGAAAGUGACGUGCGAAGCUUCAUUCGAUCUCAAUGAAGCGAACGAUGAAGAGAAGAAGAAACACACUGCUAAAAGGCUCAAGAAAACUCCAACUACUCGCUCGGGGACUCAUGGCCAAGAAGAAGCCUCCACGGCAACUCACCACAACCGUUGUUACCUGGAGGGAUGCAAGAUGACUUUCAAGAGCAAAACGGACUUAGCAGCUCACAAGAGAAACCGCUGCACGCACGAAGGGUGCGGGAAGAAGUUCAGGGCUCACAAGUAUCUGGUGCUUCACCAACGUGUUCACAACGACGAAAGACCGUUCGUGUGCCCUUGGAAAGGGUGUACCAUGAAUUUCAAAUGGCAAUGGGCGAGGACUGAGCAUUUGCGUCUGCACACUGGGGAACGACCGUACAAAUGCAAGGUGGAUGGGUGUGGACUGUCGUUUAGGUUUGUGUCGGAUUAUAGCCGCCACAGACGGAAGACGGGGCAUUAUGUGACAUAGAGAUUUGAGGGGGAUGGAUGGAUGCAAAGGUGAUGGUGGCCAGAGAGAGAGGAUAAAAAAGGGCCUACUCUCUCUCUGUGGAAUUGUUGUAAACUUUAGUUCUUCUGGUUGUUGUUUUACUAGUGUUUCAGAGACGACACUUGAUGAUGUUUCUCUUUCUGUAGAUGUGACUUGUUUCCACUUUUCAUGAAGGUGCCUAGGCGCCUUCACACUCUUUUGUUUUACUCUGUUGUUUUUACGAGUCACCAUUGGCUUGUUAAUAUGAAUGAUUCCCGUUUUCUCCCAGUUAACAAAGUUUUCUGUGAUUCA